AUGGCGCAAGUUGUAGCUACCAGGCCAAUUCACAGUUCCUUGCACAACCCUAGCUCUGGAUCUCUACAGAGCCAAGUUGAGAAGCUGAAGCCAUCCGGCUUUGCGGCGAAAGUUUUGGCUCGUAAUGAGCGCAGGUGGAGCGGUGGAGCUGUUCGCGUUAGUGUGCCGAUCACUGCCAGAAAAGCUGCACGCCUUGAGUCUGAAGUCCUUCCUUUCACUCCUGAUGACGUUGAGAAGACAGAUGAUCAAAUUCCUCGCUUACAUGGGAUCCAGCAGCUUGGUGACACAUCAGUUGGAAUGUGGUCAAAGCCUACGGUAAGGCGGAAGACAAAAAUUGUAUGCACAAUUGGUCCCUCUACCAACACUAGGGAAAUGAUAUGGAAAUUAGCUGAGGCUGGGAUGAAUGUUGCGCGUCUUAACAUGUCCCAUGGGGACCAUGCUUCACAUCAAAAAGUGAUUGACUUGGUAAAAGAAUAUAAUGCCCAAGCGAAAGACAAUGUCAUUGCCAUUAUGCUUGAUACAAAGGGUCCGGAGGUGAGAAGUGGUGACUUACCGCAACCGAUCAUGUUGGAACCUGGGCAAGAAUUCACUUUUACAAUCAGGAGAGGAGUUGGAACUGCUGACUGUGUCAGUGUUAAUUAUGAUGAUUUUGUCAAUGAUGUAGAAGUAGGGGAUAUGCUUCUUGUUGAUGGUGGCAUGAUGUCAUUGCUGGUAAAAUCCAAGACUGAAGAUUCAGUAAAAUGUGAAGUUAUUGAUGGCGGAGAACUUAAAUCCAGGCGUCAUUUAAAUGUUAGGGGCAAAAGUGCUACACUUCCAUCAAUUACUGAAAAGGACUGGGAUGACAUCAAGUUUGGAGUAGACAAUAAGGUUGAUUUCUAUGCUGUUUCCUUUGUCAAAGAUGCUGCUGUGGUCCAUGAAUUGAAGAACUAUCUUAAAAGCUGUGGUGCCGAUAUUCAUGUUAUUGUUAAGAUUGAAAGUGCCGACUCCAUUCCGAACUUGCAUUCUAUCAUUACUGCUUCUGAUGGGGCAAUGGUUGCCAGAGGAGAUCUUGGAGCUGAGUUGCCAAUUGAGGAGGUUCCCUUGUUGCAGGAAGAAAUAAUCAGGAUAUGCCGCAGUAUGGGGAAAGCUGUUAUUGUCGCAACCAAUAUGCUUGAAAGCAUGAUUGUGCACCCAACACCGACACGAGCUGAGGUGUCAGAUAUUGCAAUUGCAGUUAGAGAGGGAGCUGAUGCAGUCAUGCUUUCUGGAGAAACUGCUCAUGGAAAGUUUCCUUUGAAAGCGGCAAAGGUCAUGCAUACAGUCUCAUUAAGGACUGAAGCAACCAUUGUUGGCGGAGAAAAACCACAAAAUCUUGGUCAUGCUUUCAAGAACCACAUGAGUGAAAUGUUUGCAUUCCAUGCAACAAUGAUGUCCAACACCCUUGGUACCUCAAUAGUUGUCUUUACCAGAACCGGUUUCAUGGCCAUCCUUCUAAGUCACUUUCGGCCUUCUGGCACCAUAUUUGCCUUUACUAAUGAGAAGAGAGUACAACAGAGGCUGGCUUUGUAUCAAGGCGUGUGCCCUAUUUACAUGGAUUUCAUGGAUGAUGCAGAGGAAACAUUCUCAAAUGCAUUAGCCUUGUUGCAGAAGCAAGGAAUGGUAAAGGAAGGAGAACAAGUAGCUCUUGUUCAAAGUGGCAAACAACCGAUCUGGAGGUUGCAAUCAACACACAACAUCCAGGUCAGGACGGUUUAG